AUGUCAAGCAACUGGACGAAUUAUUCCGCGAGUGGCCGCGAUGACGAAGCUCCAGGGCCGCAGGCGAUCGCCGAAGAGACGCCUGCCUGCUUGUCGUGCAAGAAGCGAAAAUUGCGAUGCUCGCGAGAGACUCCGGCCUGCUCACACUGCGUGAGACUGGCAAUUGAGUGCGUGUAUGCACCUAAGCAGAAACCCGGCCUCAAAACGGGAGCUCUGGAAGCUUUGACCCGCCGCGUGGCGUUUCUUGAGAGAAUCCUUCUGGAUGAUGCGGGAAAGAUCCGUCCUCAUUUCGACCCUCAUGGCCUGGCAGACGACGGGUUUGCCGCAGAAGCCAGCAGCCCUGCCGGAGGCGAUCCGUUUCAGCGCCUCGAUCACGGAGUCAACUUGGAAGACCAGCACCCGGCGCCAGUAGGUAUCAGUAAAGAUGAAAGGAAUGGAUACGCAUUGGCGCUUCGCGAAGAGGAUCGACCCAACCCUCGGAAGCGCAAGCUAGAUGAGCCCCUCCUCGUCAAUGCGCUUGUUGCACUUGACAAUGUCGAUAUCGCGGGGCAGCUACCACCUCAGCGUCUUCUGCUGAAGCUAGUCGACUACUUUUGCACCUCUUUCCACCAUUGGAUCCCCUACUUGCACAAGAAGAGGCUACGGGAAAGUGUAUGCAAUAGGCCAUCCGGUCCACGAUCUGAGCUCGUCCUUCACGCGCUAGUUGCGGCCACACUGCGGCACAUGGAGCCAGAGGAUGUGUUUAUGGACAGAGAUGAAAUUCUAGAGCAGACAAGAGUGUCACGCUUUAUUGUGGAAACGUUGGCGUUGCGCACCAUGUCACUCGAGAGCCUACGAGCGCUCAUCAUGCUUGUAUUUGACCACCUGAAUGACGGCGAACCAAGCAAGGCAUGGCCGCUUAUUGGGUCUCUGACAAGAACGGUUGACUACCUCCAACUCACACUCGAACCUGCAGCAUCGCAGUAUGGUGCUCUCAUGAAUCCCCUCCAUAUAAUCCAACCCACUUCUGACUGGACCGAACUCGAAGAGCGGCGGCGAUUAUUCUGGGUCAUCUUCCUCCUCGAUCGGUUCUGUUCCGUAUCUACAGGCUGGAACACGAGUCUCACCUCCGAAGACGUGCACCGUCGGCUCCCGGCAGAUGGAGGCUACUUUACUCGCUCGGAGCCGGUAACAACGCCCUUCUUCGGCAUUUGGAACAAAGCUGCUGCUCGAAUAGGAAAGUCACUAGCUCAUGUUCCUGCGCAAUACAACGAAGAAGAUCCUGCGGCGGAGCAAGUCCAAGGGUCCAGUCCCGGCUCCGUAAACGGUCUCAUCGAUUCAUCCAAGCUCGGCGCAUUCGCAUAUUGCAUCGAAGCCACAGAGUCGCUCAGCCAAGUGACAACCUUCUUCCUACAGCAGAGGAUCAACUGGCAGGACAAAGACCACGCCAUCAGCUGGCUGACACGCUUCAAAGAGCUCGACUUACGCCUUGUGCAGUGGAAAAUGUUCCUCCCGCCUCGCUGGAAAGACUCCAACAUCUCGCGCAACGCCGAGGUGGUAGACAUGGACCCGAAUCUCACACUCGCCCACAUCACACACAAUACAUCCAUGAUCCUGCUCCACCAUUCCAUCGCCUAUCCACCACGCGAAUGGAGCGACUACGUCGCGCUGCCGAAGGAAUGCAGUGCGCAAACCUGCCAGCACGCCGCCGUAGAGACGUCGAACAUCGUCAGCAAGUUCCUGAUCCACACACCCAUUCCCUUCGUAAACGUCCAGUUUGCCUUCUGUGCAUUCAUCGCCGCCAAAGCGCUGCUCUUCGAGCACCAAGCAACGCGCAAGCCUGUUCGACCGGAGUUCCACCGCCUGCUGCAGGACCUGUGGGAGAUGGCAUCGAGAUGGGCGGGCAAGCAGGGAAGUGUAGACGCACGCCCCCUGGACGACAAGUCGAUGAAUCAGGCUGCCAAGUAUGCGCAGUAUCUGGAAUAUCUCCUGGAGGCUUGCGACCGUAAUCCGCAGCUCGCAUGGAACUUCUACGAUCACUCCUGCAGAUCGUUAGCAUCCUCCACCUCCAGCGACACUUCAACACAAGUCCAAACUCCGGGGACCUACGCCAGCUGCGUGCGCUCUCCCGUCGAAAGUCGAAACCCCGGUGUCAUUGCCCCUCAUCAAGCGCCAUCAUCACGGCCGGGCGCCACACUCCCAGGUAGAGCAAUUAUAAAGCCAUUCCAAAGUCCCACAGCCGCAGCCGCAGCAGCCCUGCCAUCGCCCCCAGAUCCAACGAACGGUCAGCGCGCCCCUCAGCUCCACCCUAGCGUCAUCUCCCCACCCUACCAAGGCCCGCACUCAGUAUCUCCAUACACCGGCAACUACCAAAGCCCCUACCCUCCCGUGCAAGGGCUGAACGGCACGCCAAACCACCAGCGCGCCCAGCAACAUACGCUCCAGGACCAGUCGCUGCUCGAUCUCUCCGACGCGCUCAUGGGCUCGCAGUUCCUGGACAUGGAUCGCGUGAUCACGUUCGAGGAGGCGAAUUUCUUCCUUCCUGGGGAUGCUUUUAGAUGGCCGUAG